GUGCCCGGGGACUACAGCGGCAGGCAGCAGCUCCUCCCACAGCAGCAGCAGCAGCAGCAGCCAAACCACCACCUCCACCAGCUGGACGCGCAGCAGGAGCCCCAGCAGCCGCUCGAGCACGAGCUGCAGCAGCAGCAGCAGCAGCAGCAGGAGCCUCGCGACUUGGAGCUGCUGA